UGUUGACCCUCGGUGCGGGCCUCUUUUUAUACAAAUUCGGGCCCCGAAAUUCCGCCGCUCCCAUUGGCCGACCAAUAAGAUCGCUUGCUUUUCGACCAAUAAGAGCGGGGGCGAGGCCCGCGCGCGGAUUUUAUUUUAACCUUAAGUAUGACGAUACUUUACCACACCGAGAGCCGUUUACAUAAAUCCUUAAUUUCUAGGUUAAAAUGAACUAUAAUAUUAUUACAAUUAUACAUUUUUUAAACUAUUACUAUGCCUAGAACAUUAGAAAAAUACAGUACGUGUAAGAUCUUAAUUUAAAAAUAUGAACAAUUUCAACAUAGUAAUCUAAUUAAUUCCGGCUCUCCUAUUGGUCUGCCCUGUCCUGAAGGGACGGGGCGGGGUGCGUGGGUCGACACCCACUCGGCUUCGUUGGCACCGUAAGGUAUCCACCGAGUACCACUGAGUCGAGACGACUUAACGGCGCAGGGCAUCGCGUCGACCAAGGUGCACCGUAUGCACCGUGCCAAAGGCCUAACGCCAUUCGAAAUGGUAUUGGCCGUCAUUCCCCGAUCCGCCGAUACUAAGGCAAUUUUCCAAAUCAAGACGGUAUGCCACCUGUCUGGCAUUACAGUCGAGGCUCCGCAUAAACGCGGCCCGCCCGGGCAGUGUCACAACUGCCAACUGUACGGGCACGCCAGCAAAUACUGCAAGGCGCGCGCCAGGUGCGUCAAGUGCCUAGGCGACCACGCAACGGCGUCCUGCCCCCGCCCCAAAGUCCCACUCCCAGACUCGGAGCCCCCGAGCUGCGUCCUCUGCGGGGAGCAAGGCCAUCCCGCAAACUACCGUGGGUGCCCAAAGGCUCCCAAGAGCCGGCCCUCGCAGCCAUCAAAGCCCAACAAGGGGCAGAAACGAGCUUCCACUCGCCCCUCUGCACCCGCCCCUCCCACAGCCCAGACCUCGCUGAGACCUCAGAGGCCCUCCUUCUGGGACAAACUCGGAGAUCCGAGUGCGUUCCCUCCCCUCGCCCCUCAGGCAAGCAAGGCCCCUUCGGCACCCCGCAUCCCGUCACUCAUGGGAUUGCAGAUCCCCCCCCAUGCCCCUCAGGCAUCAGUCGUCCCACCCUUGUUGGGACUGAACAUCCCACCCCCAGCCUCGCAGCCCCAGAGGGCUCCCAGCGCACCGCGGCCAACUCCCCCGGCCACCCAGCCCACCUCUGAGAUGAAACUCACUCGAGCGCUCAUCGAAGUCCUCGAUGGUGAACUCAUGGAGGUUAUGUCCCAGCGCUUAAGCGCCAGCCGAUCUCCCCAGGAAGCCCUGGGGAUUUUCUCCGAGAUCCGCAACCUGAUCUCAACCCUGAACUCAUUCUCCCGUGCAGGUCACUAAUGGCAGGCACAAGCGGAAAUCUCAAG